CCUUCAAAGUGAUUUUCUGAUUGAUUCUCUUGCUUUCCUCUGCGUAUGCAGUCGACUUCAUGAUGGGUGGUGUGUCUGCGGCUGUUGCCAAGACUUCUGCGGCCCCCAUUGAGCGCAUCAAGCUGCUCAUCCAAAAUCAGGAUGAGAUGAUCAAGCAAGGUCGUCUCACCACCCCCUACAAAGGUGUCAUUGACUGUUUCCGCCGCACUUAUGCUGAGGAGGGCGUCAUUUCACUGUGGCGUGGUAACACAGCCAACGUCAUCCGAUACUUCCCCACGCAAGCUCUCAACUUCGCCUUCAAGGACUACUUCAAGUCCCUAUUCGGGUUCAAGAAGAACGAAGGCUACUGGAGAUGGUUCGCUGGCAAUAUUGCCUCCGGUGCUGCUGCUGGUGCUUCGUCGCUCCUCUUCGUCUACUCUCUCGACUAUGCUCGUACGCGUCUCGCUAACGACAACAAGACUGCGAAAUCUGGUGGCCAGCGUCAGUUCAACGGUCUCGUCGAUGUUUACAAGAAGACCCUCGCAUCUGAUGGUAUUGCUGGUCUCUACCGAGGAUUCGUUCCUUCGGUCGUGGGAAUUAUUGUUUACCGUGGUCUCUACUUUGGUGUCUAUGAUUCAUUGAAGCCUGUCGUUCUGGUCGGCGCUUUGGAGGGUAGCUUCUUGGCUUCUUUCCUUCUCGGCUGGGGUGUUACUGUCGCUUCUGGUCUCGCUUCUUAUCCCCUUGACACUAUUCGUCGUCGUAUGAUGAUGACUUCUGGUUCCAAGGUUCACUACAAGUCCAUGUUUGAUGCCGGUUCUCAAAUCAUCAAAAAGGAGGGCUCCAAGUCGCUGUUCAAAGGUGCUGGUGCGAACAUUCUCCGUGGUAUUGCUGGUGCUGGUGUGUUGUCACUAUACGACAAGCUUCAGGAUAUCAUGUUCGGCAAGGUUUAUUCUGGUGGCUCUGGCUAAAUUAUGUCGACCAUCUUCCUUUUCAUCAAUUACGGAACCCGCUAGACG